AUGGAUGAAGCCGUGCAGCCUUCACUACUGGGAGCGCCUGAAGCGCUGACCCCCCCGGAUACUCAAACUAGCAAGAAUGGCACGAUCCGAGUGGCAAAGAUGACCACCAGAACGACGCCUACUACUCGACAAAGUAGGGCGCGCCUACAGAGAGUCGGACAACGGCAACGCGGAAAAGGCACGGGAUUGAUCGAAGAGGGCCUAAGAGACAAGGAAAGUGCGCGCGACUGCGUCGAAAAAAAAAAAGAGAUUUUUCUCGUCCAGCUGGCAGUGGACACUCGGAAAGCGGAAAUCUUAAAGCUGCACGAUAAACUGGCCAGAAAAGAAGAAGCGCUACGAACAGCAGACCAACAGCUUGCUAAAGAGAUGCAAAAGUUUGAUGAAUUUCUUCGGGCUACGGAUCAGCAGGCCCAAGCAGCUAUGAGAGAAGCGGACGAAGUAGGACAGAGGAAGCUCGAAAAGCAGAAUGCUAUUAAAGAACUUCAAGACACUUUGAGCCGCUGUGCUGCACGUAUCACCGCCUAUGAGGAGCUUGUGCAGGAGGGCACAACCUACAAAGAUUUUCUAACCAUGCUUUCCCCUCCUGAGUGGGUUGAGGAGCAGGAAAGAAAGCGAGAGGAACGGCGUGCCCUGCGGUGCAACUCGUGGGUCCAGAAGCAGCUUGAGUUGCAGGAGCAGCGUCUGAAAGCAGAUAUGCAACAGGUCGACAAAGAGACGGCGGAAGAAAUAGCGGAGUACGAUGACAAAAAGAAAAAGGGACAUAAGUAUCUGGAAGACGACGAAGACGCAGACGAGCACUUCUCCCUGUAUUUUACAGAGCCUCAGCAACUACUGGAUAUAGUCAAACACCUUGAAGAGCAGAACCUUUUCCUUAUCCAAAACACGCAAGACAACGAAGCGGCUCUUGAAGAUGUGGUUUCAAAAUUUGAGGAAACGAAGCAUCAGACAGAAGAACGAAUCAUGGCAUUGGAACAGACGAUCAAGCAGCUCCAGCAACAAGUACAAAGCCAGAAGCAGGCUUGCGCACAACUUCAGAGUACUUUGCUGAAAAAGAACACACAAAAACAGGAAAAACUCAUAUACCAGCAACUGACCUCCAAAAUUGUUGAACUGCACGCUGUUUGCGGCUACGAAGGCGACGCAUCCACGGAUGCGAUAUCCAGACUGGAGCAGAUCGAGGCGCGGAUGGAAGACUACCUCUCGACUUUGGCAAAAUACGAAAGGCGAAGAAGUCGUUUCGCCUUGACCCACACUUCCUAUGAACAGGCUUCACUGUGUCUGGACGCAGCUGAAAAUCCCGAGCUGAUCGCGCGUCUAGAACGCGCCAAAGAGAAGGAAAGAAGGGAACGCGCUCGUCAAGCUAAACUAGAUGAACAGUCACAGAAAAGCGACGAGCGUCUGCAGGCGUCGUUAAACCGCUCUCGAAAGUUGACGCUUCAUAGGCACGGCAAGCCCAUAAUGUUCCGAUCACCCCCGUUCAGGCGUCGAAAAGAGGUACGCGUACGCGUAAUCCUACGAGAGAGAUCUUUGUAUUCUGACGCAAGGCAGCACAUUAUCGAAAGUAGGCUAUCCUUGUCCGCUGCUGCGCAGGCGCCCCGUGCAAAUGCCGACGACGCCCAGGCAGAGCAGGAGUUUUACCGAUUUUUCUGUUGA